CAGGUAAGCAACAGAAGGGAGGGCAAGUAUAAAGGCAGGCACGGGCCGGACACCACCAUCAUUCACCACCACCACCACCAACAACCAACAUGACUUCCAAGGCGGCCCUGGUGUUGCUGAUGGUGGGCCUGACACUCGCUGACCGGGCACCUUACCACCCUCCACCUCCUCAUCAGUCCGGAUACAAAGACCCACCGAAGCCACACAACUUUGAAUACGCUGUCAGGGACGAGUACGCCGGCACCAACUUCGGCCACAGCGAGGACUCUGACGGCAACACUGUCCGUGGCUCCUACAGUGUUGACCUCCCUGACGGACGCAAGCAGACGGUGAACUACGAGGCUGACCACUACAAGGGUUACCAGGCCGAAGUCAGCUACUACGGCGAGGCUCAGUACCCCCACGAGUACGGUCCCCCCGCCACCUUCAAGCCUCAGUCUUAUGGUCAACCCUCAUACAAGCCCCAGCCCUCAUACGAACCCCAGCCCUCUUACAAGCCCCAGCCCUCAUACGAGCCCCAGCCCUCAUACGAACCCCAGCCCUCUUACAAGCCCCAGCCCUCAUACAAGCCCCAGCCCUCAUACAAGCCCCAGCCCUCAUACGAACCCCAACCCUCAUAUGAACCCCAGCCCUCAUACCCACCACCACCUACCUAUAACUGAGGGUAUCCGCAGAACCUACUAAUACUUACCUCGGCCUAGUCACUGUUGCUGGAGAUGUCAUUUUGUUGAUAAUAAAACUGAUGUUAAAUACA